UAGCAUCAUCAUCAGCAGCAGCAGCAGCCACAGCAGUAGCAGUAGCGACAGUGGCGGCAGUAGCAGCAUUUAGCAAUAGCUUUAACAGCGAUAGCGACAGUAGCAGCCGCCCUCCUCCUCUUUCCCUUCCGCAGACGGCCGCAGCAGCCGCACUGAGCGGGCUGCAAGCGCCGCACGCAGUCCGCUGGUGAGGUAGCCCCAGCAAGAGCGAGCGGCCGUGCGUGCGAAGCACGGACAUUGGGAGCAGCCCCGCAGCCACUGAGGCGCUGAGUAUCAGAACCAGAGCCCGACAGCCCUGACUCCAUCUACUAAGGCGGCGGCUGAGCCUAAGGGAGAGCGUGAGGGAGAGAGGCGCGUCCACCUGGCGGCCCCGCGCAUGGAGCUGAGGCAGAGGCGGCGGCGGCGGCGGCGGCAGCAGCAGUAGCAGUAGCAGCAGAGGCUGCGGCGGCAGCUCGAGCAGCUGCACCGACAGCGACACCACAGCAUCGACUGCGGCCGCGCCACCUCUAGCUCCCGCAGCCUGAGCCCGCCAGCGACGUCGCCUCGGGAGUCGGCCUGUGAGGUUGGACAGCAUUUGGACUUGGAAUGAAAGAAUAAGAGGUUACUACAUUCAUGGAUAACCAACAAGAUAAGGCUGUUGUUGCCUCAGCCAAUGGAGAAAACACUCUGAUUAAUGGGGUCAAAGAAAAUGACUCAGAGGACCAGGAUGUGGCAAUGAAGUCAUUUGCAGCUCUAGAAGCUGCUGCACCAAUCCAGCCUACACAAGUGGUACAAAAAGAGACCCUGAUGUAUCCCAGGAGUAUCCUGCCUCUGCCUUCUAAGAAGCCCUGUGUACAGAGCCCUCCGUCUCCUUUGAACUUGAUUGAACCACCUGAACAUGCUGCUGAUAGUGCUUCUGUGAAUGCCAUCUCCCUCACAUCUGGAAUUGCAAAGGGCCUGAACACAUGGUCACUCCCCAAUGAGUGUGAGAAAGCACCAUUUGCCAUAAUGGAGCCUGCAGGCAUGUCAGCUCUGAACGGGGACUGCCUCAUGCAGCCAAGUCGGACUUGCUUGGGCUGCUUCAUGGAAUCCAAGGAUGCAGUAGAUCCUGAGCCAGGGAUCAGUCUGAAAGUUGGUGAUCUAAGUAGGGAUUAUGAAACAUGUGCAGUCUCUGAUAUAGGGAUUCAAUGUAUUAAUGCUGGAGAAAACAUAAAAUACGGAGAGCAGCUGCUCUCAGACCAGCUCCUAGGCUUCCCCCUGCACAAAUCAAAGGCAGGAGAUAAACGAGAAGCUGAGAAACCUGACAUCGACUUGGAGGAUCCAGCUCAGAAAAAUUAUUAUGAGGCAUUACUGUUGGAUAAGUGCAAUACAGAAGAGGCUUUGCUUGCAAAUUCCAGUCAGGAUUGGGGUUACUUCGAGACUUUCAUUAGUGAGAGUAAGAUUGAACUGCUUGACCUCUGUUCCAAGAAUGAGCUGUCUGUCAACCUAUUCUCUGAAGAAGAUGUGGAUAACUACAUGUUUGAUGAUGAUGAGUCAACACUGGGCAGUGAUGUCUGCUCCCUGAAAAUUCGAUAUGAGUCCUUCCAGGACAAUGUUCGAGACAAGACCACCCUUCUGAUGCAGGAAGAUGCCCAAUUCAACUUUUUUCCCAGUGUCUUUACUACCUGUCCCAAGCGGGAAACUAAGAGUGGGGCCCUGAAGCAGAGCGGCGAUCUUUCCCAAUUCAAGGUCCCUGACGUGAGCAUUAUCUGGGGGGAAGAAGAUAAAAUCUUGGACAAAAAGAAAGGCAAAGAGGAAGGGCAGGAAAACAAAGAUGUAGGGAAAAAAGACAGAAAGGAGAAUGGAGAAAAAUCUGCCUUAAAUAAACCAUGCAGUGGGACUGAGGUACAACACUUAAAAAAUUCAAGGCAGGGCCAUCUUGUUAAUUCCUUAGAGGCAUCAGUGAAUUUCAGUGAUGACAGCUCCUUCAUUGAGGUCUCAUAUGAUGCCAUGGGGGAGAUCAAGGACUGUAGCCGCUAUAUGGCUCGGGACACUAAUUCUGGUAGUUCCUCCUCCCAGCAGAACUACGGGCUGCGAGCCAAGAGAAAAGUCAGAUACAGUGAAGAUUAUUUAUAUGAUGUCGACUCACUAGAGGGUGAAAAAAUAAAUGAGAAGAAGGAAUGGCUGCCAGCUGGUUCUAAAGAGGAAGAUGAUGAUGAAUGGUGUCCCAAAAAGAGAAGAAAAGUAACCCGUAAGGAGCCCCCUGUUAUUAUCAAAUAUAUCAUCAUCAACCGCUUUAAAGGUGAGAAGAACAUGCUGGUGAAGUUGGGUAAGGUGGAUGCCAGUGAGACAACAGUGAAUUUGAGUGAGAAUCAGCUCAACAAAUAUUCCAAGCUAGCCCCCUUGAAGGGCUUCUGGCAGAAGAAGAAGAAGCUGAGAAACAGCAACACAGACUCCAUCAAGAUAUCUUUAUGCCAAAAGCAAAGCUUUGAACCAGGUAGCUUUGAGGUGUCAUUCCUGUCACCUGCUCGCAAACGAAAAUCUAAACAUGGUAACAGGCACAGGAUUCAAAGAAUCCCAUCCAUGGAAGCUUCAACAAGUAGUAAGCAGAUUUCAUUCUGCAACGAUCGGAAGCAAGCUAAUCGUAAAGAAGAUGGAUGCCUGAAAGGUACACUGAAGCCCAUAGCUCUGACUACCCAGAGCUGCACAAAUGGAUUACAUUUUAAUGACAUCACAGGCCCUGAAUCAGUGAAAGUCAAAGCUCAAGACAUGGAGUUUAAGGGACCAGAGAGGAAAGUGCUCAACAAAAUCAAAUUUAAAAGUGAAGCUAGGUUAAAAUCCAAGAAAAUCAAAGCUGGGCAAGAAAACAAGUCAAUUGCUCAAAUGAGCCCUCUCUUGGAAGACCAGUCCUCCAAGGCCAAUUUAAAGAAUGAAGCUGUUCCUGGGACCUCAAACAGUCCCCAUCUAUCUGAAUUUCAUGAGGCAAAGGUUGCUAAGAAUUCCACAUUCCUACCAACCACCUGCUCUUCUGAAAUGCCUCUAUCAUCUGCUAACGUUGCCACCAAUAUACCUGUUAUCCCUGGAGGAUAUCUGCAAACAUUGUUAGAUGCUUCUGACUUGUCAAAUAACACCAGUAUCUCAUACUUCACCCACCAUUCUCCAGAGCAGAAUGAUGGCACUCUGACUCAAACAGAAAAAUCAUUUGUACCUCUCCAGCCUACCCAGGACUCUGUGCUCCCCUCACCCUCGGAAUCUGAGCUGCAGCAGUCACCCCAUAACUUCAAAAUGGAAUCAAGCAACUAUGGGAAUGUGUGGACCAACAAGGCUACUUCUAGCCCCCAGGAAUUCAUGGCUGAAGUCUCAAGGGAGAUAGUCUCAACCCAAUCUAAUGAAUUUGGAGUCUCCCAAGUAGUCUCGAUGGAAAAUAAUCUCACAGCUACAACAUACAAUCCAGUCUGCCUCCAUAGUGGUGGCAGUAGUUGCAAGAAGGUCCUAUAUGCCUCCAUGCAAGACACCCAGCUCCCAUCUGAUGGCUCUUAUCAAUUGUGUCACUUUAAUAAUGGAGAGAUCUGCUUUCCUUUCCAGCAGGGCCCAGUCAAUAUGGAUGAUAGUCGGCUCUUUAGCUUUGAUUCAAUGGCCUCACUCUCUGUCAGCUCAAGUAAUUAUUGCUCCUUAAGCUUGAUGUCCUGUGAAAAGGAUGCUGAUGCUGAUAUCACCGAUGACUUCCUGGCCCACUGCAGCCCCAAGCUGGUGAUCCAGCAGAGCAUUGAUGAGAUAACACCACUAAAGGAGUCCACUGACCUCCUGGAUAUCUCCAACUUCACUCCUGACAAAUUCCGCCACUCUUCCCUCUCAGAGAUGUCCCCACCUGACACCCCUAGCCUUUCCCCUCAAAUUACCAGGUAUGAGAGUAUCAAAACACUAGAAACGCUGAAGGAGUUCCAAGAGGGUGUCCCAGGAUCACUAGGCAACAUGGAUGAAAUCAAGUGGGACUGCAAUACCCUUUCACAGCAGGUCCAAGUGGAUGAUGGAUUUACUUUAAAUAACCAUCAGUUUCAGUUCCAUAUGUUCAAUGAUGAGGAUUCUGUCAGCCUGCUCCAAAAAAACCCUUGCCUGUCAACGUUUAAUGAGCCAUCUGGUCAAAUUACCACCAAUAACAAAGUGUCAAAAUCAAGAAAGAAAAGUUCACCCAGCAAGAGUGGGGCUGUGAACCAAAGCUCUUCUCAGAAAAACACCAGGAAAAAAUCCCCCAAAGCCAACAACAAAGGGAUUGAAAAGCCACCUGGCAAAACCUCCCGCCAGGUCUCUAAGUCAACAAAGAAAGGGAAAUACAUGGCUGCAAUCAAUGGAGAGAAAAUGCAAAUUGGCAUUGGCCGUGGGGGAGGCCAAAUCAACAACCUAGCCUCCACUGGGAAGACAUUGGCUGAAUGUAUCCAACAUGGUGGUCCUAUGGCCUCUAUGAAGAUGCCGGGUCAGAAGGGACUUUCUGGAGAUUGGGCUUUGGGAAAAGAGGGCAGCUCAGGCUGGAGUGACAUAAGCAUGGUCACCAGCACCAACAGCCUCCUGGACGAUGACCAGCGGGAGUUCCAAGAGCCUUCGUAUAUCUUGUCCAACAUUGCCUCUGGUAUGGCAGACGUACAGAGGUUCAUGAUGGCCUCCAUAGAGCCCCUUUGGGAACCCAUGGAGCACCAUGGAGAACCCAACAUAUUCUACUCUCCUGAGUCCAAUAGUCUAAAAUUAAAAACCCUCAAAAUAUUGGCUGGAACACCACAGGAAUGUAAGAAAAAGGUCAACAGUGGGUCCCCAGGAACCACUAAGAAUCACAGGUCAAUCAAAGGUGUGAGCAAAAGCAAUGGGAAAGCAGCAAUAGGUGAUCCUGGCCGUGCAAACAUACCUGGUUAUAACGAGGAUUCUCGCUCCGCCUUCUUUGAUAAAAAGUAUAAUAACCUGAGCACUUUAGGCAAUAAUGGACCAACACACAAAAAAUUAUAUCGUCACAAAUCCAGCUCCAAGGCCCUGAGAGAUGAAAAAUAUAAGGGAAAGCACAUGGAGCGAGAACAGGUCUACAAGGAUGAGGCUGGGACAGCUUCUUUUGAAAAACUGAGGGAUUCCGACUACAGUCUCCUAAAAGCAGAAACAGCAUUUUGGGUUUUACCUGUGUUUGAAGAAGAGACUCGCAUUUUCCAGAAAGACAUUUGAUGUUUGUCUUUUAUUUUCUUUCAAAAUAUGCCUUGUGGUAUGUAUAUUGACAUGUAAGUGCUUUAAAAAACAAAAAGAAUUUUAAAUUGUGGGAAUAAGUCUUUGGAAGCAAACUUUAAUCUGAUGUUCUGCGUAAAAGACUUAAAAAGUCAUACAGUUGCACAAGUAGUUUAUGCACUAUAUACCCACAAGGAAAAAAUGGAAAACAUUGUGCCAAACUACAAAUAAGUGACUGUACUGUAUAUAUUUUUACUUCUAUAUCAACAUUUGGUUGUAUUUGGGGAGUUUGUCCCUGUUGAUUUACUAGAAACAUUCCAGUGAUUCUUGCUAUUACCCACCCCCACUUAUGUGAAUAGCACCUGUAGAUCACAGUGGGAAAAUAUGUUGUGUUACACAAUUUACUAAAACUUAAAGAAUACUGUUUG